GCAGCCACUCAAGACUUUCUGGAACAUAUUUGAGGAGUGGAGCAGGGGAAAGAGGGGGAAGGGAAGAAGGGGAAAUUCUGUUGCAUAAGCGGAAGUCUACUCAUACCACAUCUGAUAACAAUCCCUGGGAUUAGCUUCUUGAGCCCCCAUGAAAUUUCUCUUGACAGCUAUUUCUUCUCUUGGUUGGUGUGUGGAAAUAGAGCACAACAAUUGAGUGAAGACAAGUGACCUCCGGAGAACCUUUCUGAACUACACAGCAUGUGAUAAGUUAAAUUUGUGCAUACUUUGCUUGUUUUUAAACCAUGCAGGCUCGGAGCACAGACAGCAUUGAUGCAACAGGCGAGGGACAAGUCCGUACUUUGGGAAAUGCUACCAGUAACCUCAAGGGAAAACCAAUCAAGAGGCUUUCCAUCACACGUGGCCAUUUUCCCAAGCUGACCGAAUGUGCCCAUUUCCACUAUGAGGCCGUGGACUUCGGACACAUCCAGCUUCAGUUUGCCCCUGAUCAAAAUGAAAACCUCAACAAUUUGGAAGAGGGCAGCCUUUUAUUCCCUGUUCAGGUUACCUGUCAGGGGAAAAGCUGGCAGGUGCAUCGCAGCUAUGAGGAAUUCCGCACCUUGGAUGCUCACCUGCAUUGCUGUAUCUUUGACCGGCGUUUCUCUCAGCUUCCUGAAUUGCCACCCCUCAGCCAGGUGCAAGCUCAUCCUGAGCUCCUGGUUCCCAUGCUUUCCCAGUACCUCGAGAAGCUCUCUGCUAUCGUGGAUAGCAAUAUCAAUUGCAGCCCAGUUCUCACCUGGAUGGAGGUUGGAGACAUCAUUUCCGUGAUUGACAUGCCCCCCAAAGAGGACAGGAGCUGGUGGCGUGGGAAACAUGCGUUCCAGGUGGGUUUCUUUCCCAGCGAAUGUGUGGAACUGUUCUCAGAACGCCCUAGUCCAGGAGUCAAACCAGAUGCAGAGGGGACAAGCUGUGUCCUCCCCAGGACUCCCGGCCUCCUGUCCCCAACCUCAGUGUCUAAGAAACAUGGCAAGCUCAUUGGGUUCCUUCGUACGUUUAUGAAGUCUAGGCCCAGCAAACAGCGCCUGAAGCAGCGGGGGAUCCUCAGGGAGAGGGUUUUUGGCUGUGAUUUAGGAGAACACCUCAAAAACUCAGGCAGUGAUGUCCCCCAGGUAUUACGUUCUUGUUCUGAUUUCAUCGAAAAACAUGGCAUCGUGGAUGGCAUUUACCGCCUCUCCGGAGUCUCCUCCAACAUCCAGCGUUUGCGGCAUGAAUUUGAUAGUGAGCGGGUACCUGAGCUCUCCAAAGAUGUUUACUUGCAAGACAUCCAUUCGGUCAGCUCUCUCUGCAAGCUCUACUUCCGGGAAUUACCAAACCCUCUGCUCACCUAUCAGCUCUACAACAAAUUUGCGGAGGCUGUCUCAGUUUCUGGCAGCGAAGAGCGCUUAGUGAGGGUACAUGAUGUGAUCCAGCAAUUGCCCCCACCGCACUACCGGACUCUGGAAUUCCUGCUACGGCAUCUGGCACGCAUGGCUAUGCACAGUCAAAACACCAGCAUGCACAUCCGCAACUUAGCCAUCGUUUGGGCACCCAACCUGCUGCGAUUUUUAACAUCGUUAUAUUAUCCCCUGUCUCCUCUAACAGGGCGGUGCUUCCUUUCUCGGCCCAAAUCCCAGUUGGUCAGCUGCCCUUCCACCCGCUUGUUAUCUCUCGAAGAAGCACAAGCACGCACCCAGGCCCUCUGUAAGAUCACCAAGCUGGAAGCCAGACGUGGAUCUCCAGAUCCACAGGAUCAAGGGAAGCUCUCCGCUGUUUUGGGAUCACCUAAUACCAGGCAAAAGACAGAAAACAAUGGGAAGCUGCGGAAAACAUCUGGACCGAGUUGGAAGACGUUCUUUGCCAUCGGCAAGGCCCCCGUCCCGUUCCGCAAAAAAUCACAUCGUUUGGGAGAGCUUUUUGGACUUGGAGAAUCUUUACCAGGGACCCGUGGUGAGACGGUCACCUUGAGAUCCGCCAAAAGUGAAGAAUCUCUAACCUCUCAGGCUAGUCUAACAGGUAAUAAUGGUCCGAAGUCUGAAGCCGCUCCCGUGUCUCCCGGUGCAUUGUCCCUGCUGCGGCAUAUCCCGCCUCCUCCUCCACCCAAGAACCCGGCUCGCCUGAUGGCGCUGGCGCUGGCUGAGAGUGCGCACCAGGCAGCCUUGCAGCAAAAGCGACAGGCCAGCCUGAAGCAGCGGGAACCCCGGACGCAUUUCCGGCGCUCUCUGUCGCUGGAGUGCAAGGCAGGGGAGCUGACGAGCGGCGCACAAGCGCUCUACUCCAUGGUGCGCCCGAGCCCCAAGGCGCCUGGCCUCUCCCCUCUCCAGGCGCAGGCCAGGGGCAGGAGCAUCGGCAGUCAAAGCCGCAACUUAAAGGGAGGCAGCCAGGUGCCUCUCAGCCAAUCUUCUCCCUUGUGUAGCUCGGAUUCCUUUUCCUCUUACAGGAGGGUCCUCGCUGAGCUAGACCAGAGGGACCCUCAGGCACUUCCUUUCUCGGACCCCUACUAUCUGUCCUCCCCGUCUCCCGCCUACGGUUUACAUCCCCCACCCCUGUCGGUCCCCUAUCCAGCUUUCCACCAGCUUCAAGACGCCUUCCCUUCGUCCAGCCCCUCGGCUGCCCCGCCUAAACCUCCGCCCCCUCCCCACUUUCCCCUAAUGACCACUCAUUUGCCCCUCAAAACGAGGUCCUCCACUUUUCAGCCCUGCCCCACGGACCACCCGCUCCGGCAUCACAGCCACUUCUCGGCCUCCUCUCGACUGGGGGUCAAUGGGAGCCCCCCUUCUCAGUUGGAGCACGAGAACCUCUAUUACGAGAUUGUGGGGGAGCCUCCUGCCUAUCCCGGCCUGGCACGCCCCUGGCCCUCUUGUCCACCCCCCGAGUAUCUGGCCACUUUCAACGCCUCCUACGGGGUCUUUGAGAGGCCCUGGCGCCAGACCCAUCUCCCCCCGGCUGCCUCCUCUCUUCAGCCCAUCUUAAAGAACUCCCAGCUGCAGAUCCAGUCGAUGCCACCCGCGGUCACACGCCAGGAGCCCAUCUACGUCAACGUGCCCUUCCCCGAGCCCUCGUUGGCCAGCCCCACGCCGUCCCCUCCCCCUGAAGCAUCCCAUUCCCGUAGCCAUUCUGACCCGGGCGCUCCUCAGGCUUUGCCCCAGCCCAGCAGACCUCCCCUGCCUCAGAAGCAGAAGCUGGCCUGGGGUUACACGCCCUCGGGGCAACACCGCCAACUGAUGGACGUUUUGCCUUGCAGUCGCGCCGUGUGGCAGUUCUACCGCCCGCCCUCUGCGUGUUGGGGUCAUCCCUCUUACGGUCCGGAACCCAUUAUUACCUACGACGGGCCCACCCCCCGCGUGGGGAGCCAGGCCUCAGCACCUUUGCAGAAGCUGGAUGAAUCUUCCCCACAGUAUGGCAAUGUGGAAAGGAGAGAGGGCUCUCCGUCCGGGUGCUACCUCGGACCCAGCUGGACAGUGUAUGCUGAGGGCCAGACGCACAGCUACUGCUGAAGGACAGGCGGUAUGACCAGAUGCACAGUGUGGAUCCUCGGGGCUGGGCUCCAGGUUUCUGUCCUCUCCUCUUCCUUGCCAGUAUUCAUGGAAUUACACGGUACGGAUUGCUGUGAACAAAAAAUUAAAGAUUUCAGAAGGAUCUAUCCGACUAGGUUAAUGCAGAGGUCGCGUCUUCGGCUCCCGCGUCGGGCAAUUUUUGCCUGCCUCAUUUGGAGGACCUCUGCAAGGUUUGGAGAGCACACGAAUCUUUCAAGGCAGGUCCUAUCCCUGCAGGAGGUUUUCUCCAGAAAAUCAGCAUGGACAUCACACCGAAGAACAUUCGACGGCGUCAUAACACUCCUGCCAGUUCCAUUUGUGUGUCCCAUCUUCCUGUUUCGGGUCCGCCCCGUGUUGCUUUGUUCCACCUUGCCCUCUUUCCAUCCAGGGACAUAUAACCUCAGAGGAAAGUGUUUUGCUUCCAAUGGGAUGACUGCAGCUGAUUCCUUCCAGGUGACAUCAUCUCGACCGCUUUGGCAACAUGAAUCACACAAUAGGAUGCUUGGAAAUCCAGCCAGGGUUGCUAACCGUGCACCGAACUGACACAGGGAGGCGCUGUUGACCGUGUUUUGCUCACCGCUGGGGAAGACUGCAGGCGUUGGAGGGGAGAGAGAGAGAGAGUCAGCCGUUAACAGCUACCCGAGCCCGUCUUCCUCUUCUCUUCCAGCAUUCAAACCAAAAUAGUCCUAACUUGUAAUAAGCAUCCCCUUUAACCCAAUUAAAAUAUUAACCACUUUCCCCUGCUGGUUUUCCCAGAGAUUAAGCCAAUUCCCGGAAGAAAGCCAUCCCCUGGGCUGGGACAUUGAUGUCCAAGGAUAUGUCUAAGAUGCCACCAAGGAAAGCAGGUGGGCACGCUCGCCACCUCCUCUUACAAGAGCCCACGCCCCUUGGGAGUUUGCAGCUUAGGCAGAGUGGCAGGUUGAGAAAAAAGCCAGGGGGAGCAUGUUGGUCUCGUGCGUUUCUGUAUUUAUUUAGGAUUUCGGAAUGGGUGUGUGUGUGUGUGUGUUUUACAAAAGGACCAGGGAGGGGCGGGUUGGUGGGGAAGAGAGAAGAUGCAUCCAGUACGUGCCUAGCAUGGGAGGGCUCUGUGUGACUGAGCUGCAGGCUUUGAGGUGUGCUUGAGAGCGGGAUUCACGUCUAGUUGAUAUAUACAUUCAUGUCUGGAGUUGGCGCAUGUGUGAGUGUGUCUGUGAAAGUGGUUAUGCAUGUUCCACAAGACAGUAUUUUAGAUAUAAGGGGAAGGAAGAAGGGAGAGGGGCCUUUAUGCCUUUCUUCCUCUGAAGCAGUUGUUGGGGACCAGAUGGGGUGGAGUUUCUCAACUUUGGUGAUUUUAAGAUAGGAGCAAUAGCCCUUAGGCUUAUAUACCGCUUCACAGUGCUUUACAACCCUCUCUAAGUGGUUUACAGAGUCAGCCUAUU